AUGGCUGUCUCGAUAGACCCACUCAGACUCCUGCCGGAAGAUACUCCUCCGGUUGAUCCAGAUGAGACAGUUCUAGCAGAUGAUCAGUUACAGACUGAAGAACAUAUCCCACAGAUCAAUGCGUCAACAUCUGCAAAUGAAGCUGAUAUCAGAAUCGACAUGAUGAUGGUACUACACGAGAUGCUCAUGGAAAAGGUCUCCGUUUGCUUUCCUCCUCCCACGAGCAGUACAAAGUGUGGGUUCAACUUUAAUCUGAUAGAAGAUAUCGUAUGCGGAACCCAAGCCCGGCCAUGUCUGUACAUAAUAACGAAAGAAACCGGUUAUGCUGCGAGGGCGUUUACCUCGAUAGAUGUUGAAAAUGCCCACAGCAUUAUAAAUCAUUUGGACCGCCGAGGGGUCCAAAACUCCUCAAUCGAAGAGCUUAGUAGACAUGCCAGCAACCUACAGAGACUUCAAAUUCUCAGGAAACCUCUCUAGGACGGAAGCUUUAUACUCCGACAUCCACAAUUUACCACGCCCCUGAGAUCGACAAAGGUCUUUC